UAUAUAUAUAUACAUGAGUAUUAUGUAGUUAAAUUCUUAUGAAGAAGCAAUAAUGGAGAAAAGAAUAGCAAUCAUAGGAGCAGGAAUUAGUGGACUAGUUGCAUGCAAAUACUCACUCUCAAAGGGAUUCAAACCCAUUGUUUUUGAAUCAAAAAAUGGAAUUGGAGGAGUUUGGGCUAAGACUAUUAAAACUUGUUGUCUUCAAACUCCAAAACAAGACUACCAAUUCUCUGAUUUUCCAUGGCCAGAUUCAGUUCAAGAAUUUCCUACCCAACAACAAGUCAUGGAUUAUCUUCACUCUUAUGCCAAGCAUUUUGAUUUACUUGAGCAUAUCAAGUUUAACACUAAAGUUAUGAGCAUUGACUAUGAAGGUUCAUCAGAAGAAGAAAUGAAGUCAUGGAGUUUGUGGGGUGGUAAUGGUGAGGCCUUUAGUUCUAAUGGGAAAUGGAAUGUUCAAGUUCAAGAUUCCCAAACCCUUUUCACUCAGGUAUACCAAGUGGAGUUUGUGAUCCUGUGCACAGGGUGGGCAAGUGAUGUUCCGAAUAUUCCACAAUUUCCUCCCGGAAAAGGCCCCGAGGCAUUUCACGGGGAGGUGAUACACUCGAUGGACUACUACGCGAUGGAUCACGAACUUGCUUCUAACUUCAUCAAAGGGAAGCGGGUAGCUGUCGUCGGCUUCCAAAAAUCUGCAUUAGACAUUGCAAUGGAGUGUGCUUCACAAAAUGGAACUGAAAAUCCGUGUAGAGUUUUGUAUAGAACUGCGCAUUGGCAUAUUUCUGAUGAAUUUCCGUGGGGAGUGCCGAUAACUCUUCUUUACCUUAACCGAUUCUCGGAGCUUCUGGUUCAUAAGCCUGGUGAAAGUUUUUUUCUCAGUCUCCUUGCAACAAUUCUUUCUCCUUUGAGAUGGGCAACUGCUAAAUUUGUUGAAAGCCACAUAAAGCACAAGCAUCGUUUGGCGAAAUACGGAAUGGUACCCAAACAUGGAUUUUAUGAACAAAUAAGUUCAUGUUUGCUAACAACAUUACCUGAUAAUUUUUAUGAUAAAGUUGAAGAAGGAAGCAUCAUGCUCACAAAAUCUCCCAAAUUUAGCUUCUGCAAACAAGGUAUUAUAAUUGAUGGUCAAGAUCAACCUCUAGAAAUUGAUAUAGUCAUAUUAGCCACAGGGUUUAAAGGUGAUGAGAAGCUCAGAGACAUUUUUAAGUCUAAAUUCUUUCAAAAAUGCACAAUUGGAUCCCCUGAUUCAUCACUUCCCCUCUACAGGGAAUGUAUUAAUCCUCGAAUUCCACAACUAGCAGUAAUCGGAUAUUCAGAAAGUUUAUCAAACAUGUUUACUUCAGACAUAAAAUGUAGAUGGCUAGCCGAGCUUCUCGAUCAAAAAUUCAAGAUUCCGAGCAUAAAAGAAAUGGAAAAAGAUGUGGAAAAUUGGGAUAAAUUUAAGAAAAGAUAUGCAGGACCAUAUUACCAGAAAUCAUGUAUCGGAAGCAUUCAUAUUUGGUACAAUGAUCAAAUUUGCAAAGAUAUGGGAUGGAAUCCGAACAGGAAAAACGGGUUUUUUGCAGAAUUAUUUGAACCUUAUGGACCUCAGGAUUAUGAUUCACCUUCAAAUUAAUUAGCAUAUGUUUUCCUAUAUAAUAUAUUUUUUGUUGUUAGCUGCAUGUUGUUAUUAAUAAAAAGUCAAUGUUGCACCAAAAUUUAUCAA